CGCUACCACCGGUGAACCCGUUUCAACCAUUUCCUAACCCAGGUGCAAUCCAUCCUAAUAGGAUUUCAAAUACCAGACUAGGAGGACCUUCCCAAGGGCAUAUAAUGGGAUAUGAAACAAGGAAAGAGAACCUUGCUCAUAU